GAAAUCCAAAUACUAAUUUUUAUAUUGGAAUAGUAGUAUGGUUCAUCGCAAUCCUUACUUUUCUAUCAAUUUACUUUUACUUACAAGUCCAACAUGGAAAGUUUAAAGAAAAACUUUCAUUAGAAUCUAGUCUUACCCAGUUUACGGAAGGGAAACUUGAUUUGAUGAAUCCGGAACUUACAGUAGAUGAGCAGGCAGAACUCCUUCCGUACGAUAUAAGGUGGGAGUUCCCCAGAGAAAAAAUAAAAUUAGUGCAACAUGGAAAGUUUAAAGAAAACCUUUUAUUAGAAUCUAGUCUUACCCCGUUUACGGAAGGAGAACUUGAUUUGAUGAAUCCAGAACUUACAGUAGAUGAGCGGGCAGAACUCCUUCCGUACGAUAUAAGAUGGGAGUUUCCCAGAGAGAAAAUAAAAUUAGAUAAAAAAUUAGGAAGUGGAGCUUUUGGAGUCGUGUAUAAGGCCGUAGCUUAUGAAAUAUUUGCUAAAAAAUCCAAGACAACUGUAGCUGUAAAAACAGUACGCAAAAAUGCAGAUCCAAUGUAUAUCACUGCAUUGGCAAAGGAACUUAAAAUUAUGAUUUAUCUGGGACAACACUUGAACAUCACAAGUCUUUUGGGAGCUUGUACAAAAAAUAUAGCCAAACGUGAACUUUUGGUGAUUGUUGAGCUUUGCAAAUUUGGAAAUCUGCAAAAUUAUCUCUUGGAUCAUCGACAAACUUUUAUUAAUCAAAUUAUAUCAGAUAAAGGUAAAAUCGGCCCUUGUAUCAGAAAAACAUCAAUUAGGACAAAAUACAAGAUAUUUAAUGAUUUCAGUGUGGUUUUGAGUGGCAGUAAUCCAAGCAAUGAGACCAGCAUUUACUGCCCAGAGGAUCCGACAUUUGUUGGCUCAAUGGAAUUUAGUGAUGAUUUUGACGACGAUGAUUCGCAGCCAGGUUGGCGUUCUAAUUACAAAGGGGACUACGCGAAUGAAGAUGUUGCUUUUCUCUGCACUGAGGAUAUUUUUUUAUGGGCUUAUCAAGUAGCAAAUGGUCUUUGCUACUCGUUUUAUUUUGAGGUGCUACAUUGUGACUUAGCAGCGAGAAAUAUAUUAUUGGCAGAAAAUAACAUUAUUAAGAUAUGCGAUUUUGGUCUGGCAAAGACAUUGUACAAAGACGAAAAGUAUAAGAAGCAAUGCGUUGGCAAAUUGCCUGUAAAGUGGAUGGCCAUUGAGUCCAUUAGGGAUGGAAUCUUAUUAACAAUGUCAGAUGUGUGGUUAUUUGGUGUAGUUCUAUGGGAACUUUUUACCCUUGCAGAAAUAACUUAUGCAGGUGUAGAGUUUGAAGUAAUGUAUCAGAAAUUAGUCAGGGGAUACAGAAUGGCUCAGCCUACUUAUGCCACUGAUGACAUGUGA